GAAUGCUGAAUGCAGCAGUAAAAGAAAACCAAUAAUUAUAGUUAGUGGUACACGACAUCUAAUACGAGGAAAGAAUAAAACAUUGCAAAUGGAUAGCAACAUAGCUGUGAUGCACUAUUCGACACGAAUAAGAAAACAAGCAUUCUUAACUAAAAAAUAAUAUAAAGAAUAAAAAAUGGUCACUACAAGAUUUUUGGUUGGUUCUUCCGUCUUCAUCAAUUUUUAUUCUUAACUCUGACUUUGAUUCUCAUUAUUACUUUCAUUCUCCAAUGGCCUUCCAUGAUCAAAAUAAUAAUCACACAAAUGGUGAAGUUUCAAAGAAACCCAAGCUUUCUUUCUCUGCAAUCACCGACACCGAAAUACAAUCAGAAUUCUCCCACCACGACCCCACUGUAGCACGCCUCAACAACGGAGCUUUCGGUUGCUGUCCGUCCUCUGUCCUCGCAGCUCAACGUCAAUGGCAGCUCAAAUCCCUCCGUCAACCUGACCACUUUUACUUCAACCACCUCCAAAAAGGAAUCCUCCAUUCCCGAACCAUCAUCAAAGAUCUCGUCAACGCUCAACAUGUUAAUGAAAUCUCCAUCGUUGAUAACGCCUCCACUGCCACCGCAAUUGUUCUCCAGCAAGCAUCGUGGGCUUUCCAAGAAGGAAAAUUCAAUAAAGGAGAUUCAGUUGUCAUGCUUCACUAUGCCUACGGCUCUGUCAAGAAAGCCAUUGAAGCAUACGUCACACGCGCCGGUGGAAGAGUCAUUGAGGUUCCACUUACCUUCCCUGUCACCUCUGAAGAUGAUAUCAUCAGAGAGUUCCGUCAUGUGCUGGAAAAAACAAAGAGCGAAGGUAGUAGUAAUAAAGUUAGAUUAGCGGUUAUUGAUCAUGUGACUUCCAUGCCAAGCAUGGUGAUUCCGGUGAAAGAGUUAGUUAAGAUUUGUCGCGAGGAAGGUGUUGAUCAAGUUUUCGUUGAUGCAGCUCAUGCGGUAGGGUGCACCCCGCGCGUUGAUAUGCAAGAGAUUGGAGCUGAUUUUUACACAAGUAAUUUGCAUAAGUGGUUUUUUUGUCCACCUUCGGUUGCAUUUAUCUACACGCGUAAAUCGGUUAAUUCGGUUGAUUUGCAUCACCCUGUUGUGUCUCAUGAGUAUGGGAAUGGAUUAGCUAUAGAAAGUUCAUGGAUUGGGAAUAGAGAUUAUAGCGCUCAAUUAGUGGUUCCAACGGUUAUGGAAUUUGUGAAUAGGUUUGAAGGUGGAAUUGAAGGGAUCAAAGAGAGGAACCAUGAUUGUGUUGUUGAGAUGGGUGAGAUGUUGGUGGAAGCUUGGGGGACACAUCUUGGGACACCACAUCAUAUGAGUGCAAGUAUGGUUAUGGUUGGUUUGCCUCCUUCUUUGGGGAUUAUGAAUGAAUGUGAUGCUAUGAAUCUUAGGACACAUUUAAGGGAAUUUUUUGGGGUUGAAGUCCCUAUUUAUUUUAGAGAUGGGGGAGAAGUUGGAUGUGUAAGUGGAUAUGCAAGAAUUUCUUAUCAAGUGUAUAAUAAAGUUGAUGACUAUUACAAGUUUAGGGAUGCAAUUAAUCAACUUGUAAGUGAUGGCCUCACUUGUGCUUUUCUUUCCAGUUAAACUCCUGUUAUGCUUUAGCAGUUACCAUCUUCUAUGGUGCCCAGUGAGUUGAAAUUUUCAUUGUGGAUGAGUAUUUAUUUCGAAAUUUUCAAGCUUUUGAGCAGCAGCUACUGUUAUCUCAAUAAAAAAUUAAUCUAGGAUUUAUUAUUUA